AUGAAAGCAGCAAUAAGAAAGUACUGCGCGGAAGGCCAUGACAUCAUGAACGUAGGAGCAAUGCAAGAGGCGCUUAAGGAACGGCCUGUCAAAGGAACAACAGCGGCUGUAGCUUUUUUGGAUGAGUCAUCCAAAAUUCUUGAGGUUCAGAAGAUAAAACAAUUUAAUGAGCUGCACAACUUUAGAUACGAAAAGAGUGGGAUAAGAGUGUGGAAAGCUUACGCUGUUGGGGUCGGCAGGCUUAUCCCUUGGCAAUCUUUGUACAUAUGGCACCAGGGUUGCACAAAUAUAUCAUUAAUGGAGGGAAAAGGAUUCUUCACCAACACAGAAAUAAGAGACCUUCAUCGCCCAAGAAAGUGUCAAACAAGUAAAGACGACGUUGAAAUUGAUGAUCAGCCAUCGAUGUUUGUGUGCCCUUAAGAAGGCUGUAAUUGCACUUUUGACUCUGUCUCCGAACUUGAGGUGCAUACAGACGUAGGAAUACAUGAUACUUGGAAGUCGGGAAGUCUUUAUGAUAAAGUACGGAAAAAUUGUGCUGAAAAAUUUUCUUUUAUUGAGAACCAGAAGUUAACAAGCAACAAAUCCUCCACUGGUCUGACUAUUAACAGCACAAGUUCUCGUCUAAGUAUCGGAUGGGCUCUUAACAAAGGUAGAACUGGCGGAGUUCGUUUUUCUGAGAACGUGAGACGGUACCUUACAACAAGGUUUGAAAUGGGAGAAAGAACGGGCAAAAAAGCCAAUUCAGAAGUGAUCGAACGUCAAAUGCGCAAUGCCAGAAAUUAACGGAAUGAAAGAUUGUUUCAAAGAGAGGAGUGGCUCCCCAAGACCCAAAUAAUGUUUUUUUUUUUUGUUUUUUCACGCCUCGCUUCACGUCAGAGAACUCGCGGUCAGGAUGCAAUAUCAAAGGAACAGACAUUUGAUAUUANCCAACACAGAAAUAAGAGACCUUCAUCGCCCAAGAAAGUGUCAAACAAGUAAAGACGACGUUGAAAUUGAUGAUCAGCCAUCGAUGUUUGUGUGCCCUUAAGAAGGCUGUAAUUGCACUUUUGACUCUGUCUCCGAACUUGAGGUGCAUACAGACGUAG